GGUUCCCUACUGAGCAUUAAGUGCUCGCGCGCUUUUACGCAGAGCAGCCAGAAGCGUCCGAGCGCACAGUCUCCAGUAUGGCUCACCGAUACUCCCAAAUCAUCCCUGCGACCAUGCUGUUGAUUCUGGCAAUAGUCGGGAUUCUGCUGGUGGUCCUUCCGGCUAAAGAGAUGGAGACACCACCCGAAAACAUGUAUGGGAUUAUUCUGGAUGCAGGCUCAUCCCACACCUCCAUGUACAUCUACAAAUGGCCAGCUGACAAGCAAAAUGGCACUGGUAUUGUUACCCAGCACAGCGAGUGUCAUGCAGCAGGUGGAGGUAUAUCCAGCUAUGCAGGUAUUCGUGGUGGUGCAGCAGCAAGUCUGGAGGCCUGUCUGGAACAAGCUGUGAAGGAUAUCCCCAACUCCAGGCACCACCAAACUCCAAUCUGUCUGGGAGCUACUGCAGGCAUGAGGAUCUUGAACAUGGUUAAUGCCACAGAGUCCGAGCGAGUACUGAAGGAAGUGGAGAACAAACUGCGGUCAUACCCUUUCAAAUUCAAGGAGGCAACCAUCCUGAGUGGACAAGAGGAGGGGGCAUAUGGUUGGGUCACAGUCAACUACUUACUUGAAAACUUUGUCAAGUAUGGUUUUGUCGGGCGUUGGCUGAAUCCAGGCAGGAAGACAAGUGGCGCUUUGGAUUUGGGCGGAGCUUCCACACAGAUUACUUUUGAGACCUCAGAAGAGGUGGAGGACAAGGAGAAAGUGAUGGAGCUUAAGUUUUAUGGACAAACCUACAGACUAUACACCCAGAGCUUCCUGUGCUACGGUCAAGGCCAGUUUGUAAAGAAACUGCUGGCCUAUCUUAUCAAGACUCAAGGUGUGAAACCUCAAGUGUCCCAUCCCUGCUAUCCACAACAGUUCAACAUAUCUAUCAAGCUGGGGGAGGAUGUCUUUGAUUCUCCGUGUACUAAGAGCUACAGGCCGGCCCAGUUUAAUCCUCAGAUGACUGUAUCAGUCGUGGGCACAGGAGAUUACCAGAACUGCCUGGACAACAUCACAAAGAUGUUCUCCUUCGACAGCUGCUCUUACUCCAAGUGCUCCUUUGAUGGAGUCUUCCAGCCCAGCGUAAGCGGAAACUUCAUGGCAUUCUCUGCCUUCUACUUCACACAUAACUACCUCAGCCGCCUCACAAACAUCUCCAUCAUGUCCCCCAAUCGACUGAAGAGUGCAAUUCAACUUGUCUGCAACAUGACCAUCUCUGAGCUGACAGAAAAGGCAAAACAGAAAGAGAAAUACAUGAAGAAUGUCUGCGCCAUUUCCAACUUCGUCCAGGUCCUCUUACUGCAGGGCUACCAUUUUGAUGAAGCCUCCCUUCUUUCCAUCUCUUUUCAGAAAAAUGUAGGCGGAGCCUCCAUAGGCUGGGCUCUGGGGUACAUGCUGAAUCUGAGCAGUAUGGUACCAGCAGAGAGAUGUGGACUGAUGAAGGCUCUGCCUCCAGGGACCUGGGCUGGCAUUCUCUUCCUCUUCAUCCUCCUCCUCCUCAUUGCACUGGUACACCUACUGAUGAUCUACAGAAACACAAGAACUAAAGAAGGCAUGGUGUAAAAGCGAGGGAAACACACCUCCCAGUCUAAUUCAUAUUGCUCAGUUUUGGAAAAAACUGCAAAUAUAUUUAGAUUUUUUUCUUGAACUAUUGUGUGCAUGUACACAAAAUCAACACAGCACUAAAAUGUAGCCUGCACAGUUUUUUUUUUGCAAUUCCAGAACCCUUCUGCUUGAUUGUGUAUGUGUAAAUUAAACUACAAAAUAAUUUAGUUAUAAUAAUGUCUUAGAUUCAUUAAGUACUAAUACACCCACUUGAGACAACACAACAUGACCACAUUAGAGCAGUAUGUUCUCUGUUUUCUCCUUGUUGUGACUGAAGCAACACAUCUACACUUCAGAAGACACCUGAGGAGACUUUGACAGACACAAGUGCCUACAAAUUAUGAAAGCUAAAUGUAAGAAUAAAGGAAUAAAACCCAGAUUGUAUACAUUCAAAUGAGUGCUCAGCUGUGGUCAUAGUAUCUGUGAAGGCAUUUUUCUCCAACAGAUGUUUUAGUUUAAUUAACUUUAACUUAUUCGUUUUAAUCAGCUGAAUAAAUCUGUCACAUUUACAUCUUGUAUGGCUGUUGGUAUAUCCAGGACUAGUUAUGUUCCUGUUCAUGGACCUGUUUUUAACUGUACUUCUACUUUUUUAUUCAAGUAGUUUUGAGCCAGUAAUCUACAUUUUACUUCACUACAUUUGCCAUUUAUACCUGUGUUACUACAAGUCUGCUGUAUAUGCAAAGUUUAAGUAUAGAGGGAGCACAAGCAGAGCUGUUUCUAGCUUUUUGGGGGUCCUUUGCAAAAUCUUGUUUUGUCCCUCUAUUUCAAUCACUCAUAAAUUCAUACCCAAUCUGCACCAUAUUUCAUAUGCAUGAGACACACAAAAACUUAUUUCAAUAUAACUUAGCUGCAUUUCUAGCAUUAAAACACAAACUAAGUGUCACUGGCCCCCAUCAAAAAAGACAUUUGUCCACCAGCCAGAGCCAGGCCCAAUCAAAAAAUGCUUGCCAUCUGGCCUAACAACUUUUCUGGUGGAGACCCUGCACUCAAGUUGCACAUACUAUAGGUGAAAAUGUAGUUAGCUAGCUUACAUUUGUUAUGUUAAUUCUUCAUGUGCAAUGUUAAUCUGUGAUGUUAUGAUAAGGAGGAGAAGGGUAGAGAGGAAGAGAGAGUGGGAGAUCAUUAAUAUCUCAGUGGUAUAGUUUAUUCCUAUUUCUUUGAUGAGCUGACCUACUCAUGAAAACAAGUGCUGUGUUUUCAUUAUUUUGCACUGGCCCGCACAGAAUGUAACUUGUACUUUGAGUACUUGUUUUGUUUUUUUUUUAGAUGAGUAGGUUUUCAUAGGGUAGUCUUCAGUUCAGUUUUGGGGGUGGUGAGAUUGAUGUGUAUCUAGAAAGCCCCAACCAAGGGUGUUGUAGAUGGAGUCUCACACAAAGUGGAGGCUUGGAGAUUUAUAGAGUGUAAAGGCAUAACAGACAGUUUUAGUCCGUGAGCCAGGACCCCAAAUUUGGCCCACCGGUACCACCUUGGGGGAAUAAUUCUCAUAGUCAUUUUUAGCACGGUAUACAUCUCUAGUGUUAGAAAAAAAUGUGAUAGCCUUGCACCGGUGGUAGCUUUCUAUGUGAUAUCACUUCAUUUAUAACCCCAUAGGAAAACUAAAAAAGAGCUCAAAAAAGCCUGGCCGAAUGGAGGUUAAGUCAUAAUAAUCCAUGUAAAUUGACAAUGCAAGCUCUGAGAGCUACUAAACUUGUCAUGCCUGACGGCAGGAUAUCCCUUUACAUAACAGAAAAAAAUCAGAAUGCAAAUAUCUCAAUGCAAAUAGGAGAUACAGACUUAUAAACACAUACCUACAAUAGCCAGAAAUGUAAAAGAUGGGCAGCCAAGACUGGGACCUCUCCCCAGAACUGAUGGACAAACUCGAGGCAUUUAUGUGUGCCCUGUAUGCUCCGAAACCAUCAACCACCAAGGUCAACGAGCUCAGGUAUCACCUUUUCUGUACCAAAAACGGUGAAAUUGAAAGCCAUCAACUCCCACCGUGUAAGGACUGCUUAAGAAAACAUGCACAGCGAGCCAGCUAUCAAGCUUGUGUAUGGAGAAGGUGUUUGGACAACGACCUCCAAGUCCCAAGCCCUGUUGGCAGAGGAUGGAAGAUGGAGAAAGAAGAGGACACUGA